GCCGCCGCCGCCGCCCGCAGCCUCCUCAGCGUCUGGGACAGCCCGGGGCCGGCGAGGGGCGGCAAGCGGGCGGCGAGGGCCACCAUCGAGGUGCGGAAGGGCGGCUGCCUCCGCGCCACCGGCGAGGAGUACUGCAACGGCGCCGGGCUCUGGGUCAAGCUCAGCAAGGAGCAGCUGGAGGAGUACCGGAGCGGCUGCGAGCUGGAGGAGGGCUGGGUGCUGGUGUGCAAGCACGCCGACGGCGGGGACCGGCUGGUGCCGGUGGAAUCCACAGAGCGGAUCCAGCGGCAGCAGCAGCUCUUUGGGGUGGACUAUAAACCUGUCAUCAGAUGGGAGCAGGUGGUGGAUCUGACAUACUCGCUGCGCCUCGGAGCGAAGCCCAAGCCCAUGGAGCAGGAUGAGGCCGCAGUAGAGAAGCUUCGGUUUGUGCCUCCAACGUGGACUUAUGAAUGUGAUGAAGACCUGGUGCAUUUUCUGUAUGAUCACAUUGGAAAGGAGGAUGAGAACUUGGGCAGCGUCAAACAGUACGUGGACAGCAUCGACGUCUCAUCCUACACGGAGGACUUCAAUGUGUCAUGCUUGACUGACAGCCAUGCCGACACAUACUGGGAGAGUGACGGGUCCCAGGGCCAGCACUGGGUGCGGCUCAACAUGAAGAAAGGCACUAUUGUCAAGAAGCUCCUGCUGACAGUGGAUACGACUGAUGAGAACUUCAUGCCCAAGCGGGUUGCCGUGUAUGGGGGUGAGGGGGACAAUCUGAAGAAACUGAACGACGUGGGCAUUGAUGAGAGCUACAUUGGGGAUGUGUGCGUCCUUGAGGACAUGACAACACACCUGCCUGUCAUUGAGAUCCGGAUUGUGGAGUGCAGAGAUGAUGGGAUUGAUGUUCGCCUCCGAGGCAUCAAAAUCAAAUCCUCCCGACAGAGGGACCUGGGGCUCAGUGCUGACAUGUUCCAGUUGCCCAAUUUAGUGCGCUACCCUCGCCUAGAAGGGACAGACCCUGACCUGCUGUACCGACGGGCCGUGCUUAUUCAAAGGUUCAUCAAGCUCCUGGACAGUGUCCUGCACCACUUGGUGCCAGCCUGGGACCACACUGUUGGCACAUUCAGCAAACUCAAACAUAUCAAGCAGUUCUUGCUGCUGUCCAAGAGGCGCACAGCUCUCAUUACCCAGUGUCUGAAGGACUCAGAGACCAGCAAGCCUAAUUUCAUGCCACGGCUCUAUAUUAACCGACGCCUGGCUAUGGAGCACCGAGACAACCCUGCCUUGGACCCCAGCUGCAAGAACGCUGUGUUCACUCAGGUUUAUGAAGGCCUGAAGCCCUCAGACAAGUUUGAAAAGCCUCUAGAUUAUAGGUGGCCCUUGCGUUAUGACCAGUGGUGGGAGUGCAAAUUCAUCGCAGAGGGCAUCAUCGACCAAGGUGGCGGUUUUCGGGACAGCCUGGCAGAUAUGUCGGAGGAGCUGUGUCCCAGCUCAGCAGACACCCCUGUGCCUCUGCCCUUCUUUGUGCGCACAUCCAACCAGGGUAACGGCACUGGAGAAGCCAGGGACAUGUACGUCCCCAACCCUUCCUGUAAAGACUUCCCAAAGUAUGAGUGGAUUGGGCAGAUCAUGGGAGCAGCUCUGAGGGGCAAGGAGUUUCUGGUCCUGGCUCUUCCUGGCUUCGUAUGGAAACAAUUAACAGGGGAGGAGGUCAGCUGGAGCAAAGACUUCCCCGCCGUGGACUCUGUGCUGGUGAAGCUCCUGGAGGUGAUGGAAGUCAUGGACAAGGACACCUUUGAGUUCAAAUUUGGGAAUGAGCUGACCUACACGACAGUGCUGAGUGACCAGUGCAUGGUGGAGCUGAUCCCCAAUGGCAGCAGCACUGUGGUGCGCUAUGAGGACCGCAAGGAGUUCAUCCGCCUGGUGCAGAAGGCUCGGCUGGAGGAGAGCAAGGAGCAGAUCAUGGCCAUGCAGGCUGGGCUACUGAAGGUGGUGCCCCAAGCUGUUCUUGACCUCCUCACCUGGCAGGAGCUGGAAAAAAAGGUCUGUGGAGACCCUGAAGUCACAGUUGAUGCCCUGAAGAAGCUCACACGGUUUGAGGACUUUGAGCCAUUGGACACCCGUGUUCAGUACUUCUGGGAAGCACUCAACAACUUCACCAAUGAGGAUCGUAGCCGCUUCCUCAGAUUUGUCACUGGCAGGAGCCGCCUUCCAGCACGGAUCUACAUCUAUCCAGACAAGAUGGGCUCUGAGACAACAGAUGCUUUGCCAGAGUCAUCCACCUGCUCCAGCACCCUCUUCUUGCCCAACUAUGCCACAGCCAAGGUAUGUGAAGAGAAGUUGCGCUAUGCUGCCUAUAACUGCGUGGCCAUUGACACAGAUAUGAGUCCAUGGGAAGAGUGAUGUUGCAGCCUGACUGAGCAGCAUGGACAAUCGUUCGACAAAACUGUGCAGUGGGAAGAGCUCCCUUGUCCCCCCAGGAUGUGUGUAUAUAUAAUAAACAUACAGGUGUGAA